UGAGUAAAUCCCCUACCUACUCUACCGUUGAAUUGGCUGAGAGAGAUAACAAAUUAAAGAAUGAUCGAAUCUGAAAAAUCAACGAGUUUCGUCUGCUUGUUUUUCCUGUCUUCAAACAAACAACUGACACUGAUACAAAAAAUAAAAAAUAAAAGAAUCCGAAGAAAAGAAGAUGAGAAGAUCAGUAAAGGUGCAAUGCGUUCGUUGCGUGGCAUACAAUUCGAACAGUGACGCACAAUUGUUUACUACACCACGAUCAACAAAAACUAUCAAGCAACCACAAACAUGAUUCAUCAAAGUAGUCUAUCGUUUCCCUUGAACUAAAUUCAAACCCAUAACCAGAGCAGACGGUCGGUACGGUUCAGAGCGUUUCAGGAGGUUUAGAUACGCGGAACUGUCGCCCCAAAAUUAACACCACCUUUGCAGAACGACCUUGACGCAGAAAUCGUCCUCAAAACUGUUCGCUUGUAGAGCAACUAUCGAUCAAUCGCGCAAAGUUUGAACUUGGGUGCUAAUUUCACUGUUUUUAACCAGAGCGCAAAGUCAACAGGAGUCGUGUCGCGCACGUGCGCAUUCUAUUGCGCAUGGUGGUAUCGCUACACUUGAAAAGCUCCUUAACUCGCUCGUUGCAGCGCAAGCAAAAAAAAAAGGGUCGUCAUUAUGAUAAGCGCGUAACUGGUGGUGGAAGCCUAUGGAAGGGAGAGGGUUCGAGGUGGUAAUAGUGUGCGUUUUCCCGGUCUUUACGGGCGCACAAUACGGCCGUACGGUGAAUGUGCUGCUGGGCCACAGGCUGGUGUCUUAUCAGUUCGUACCUGUGGCGGUGGCAGAGUGCCUUGCGUUUGUUUUCAUCAUGACAGUAGUAUUAUUUUGGCUGCCGGUGUGAUCGUACGUGUUCGCGGUCAGUUCGCACCCAUUCACCCGGCGGCAUUAUUGGUGCGCGACACAAUUGCCCAAUAGGAGUGGUGCGCAAUGCCAUAAAACCGAAACCCGUGGUACCCGUGGUUGCAAGCCGAAAAGAGUGAUAGUGGUAGUUCUGGUUCUGUGUGAUACUUGAAAUUAGAAGUCAACUACACGCGACAAGAUGGAUGCGAAUUUUAAGCGAAAAACCAUCCACCGCAGCAUAUCGUUGCUGCUUCGCGAUAUUGAUCAGAUGUCGCUGAGCGAAAUCGGCACCUCGAAUCCGGCACUGAACUGCGACGAUACUGGCACGGCGUCGUCCAACUUGACCGCCCAGCUAGACCAGCAAGGAUGCCAUGGCACGGACAGCAGGGGUGCGUACUACAACGGUAUAACGGGUGGGAGCGGUGAUGGUGGUGCAGGUGGUGGCGCCGGAGCCGGUGCCGCAGGACAUCACGAUGCCAGCCUGGCCUGCUACUCGAUUCGCAGCGAGCCGGAAGAGUACGACGAAAAUCUGGAUGCACCGGACUCGGUGACGUACCUGUCGAUCGGUGGCAACAAUCCGGUGCUGGUGAUACGGGAAAGCGAUGCGGACAGUGUAAGCCCCGCGUCCGAGAUCCCGUACAGCUACGUGUACAAUACGCCGGUCAAGUUUGACUCGAUGCGGCGGCACAUAUUCAUACCGGGGCUGGAGAUUAUUGUGGAAAUCAUUGACUACGAGCGCAGCUUGACGUCACACGUGCUUAAUCCGAACUUGUACACAGUCAAGCUCACCCAUGGACCGUUUUCGUGGACGAUUCAGAAGCGCUACAACCACUUCAGAAAUCUGCAUCAACAGCUGACGACGUAUCGGGCCUCGCUGCACAUACCCUUCCCGACGAAGAGUCACAAGGAACGGCGGGAUAGCUUUCGGAACAUGCACACCGUACAUCAGGCAACGGCUUCGCCCGCGAUGCAACAAAAGCUGGGUAAACCGCUGAAAAAGAUCAAGAAAAGCGCAUUGCCACGAUUUCCGCUCAAGCCGGACUCGCUCGUCUCGUUCGAUGCCAUCCCGCAGCGGAUCAAGCAGCUGGAGGAGUACCUGUACAAUCUACUUAACAUAUCGCUGUAUCGGAACUUUCACGGAACGAUCAACUUCCUGGAGGUAUCGCACAUCUCGUUCAUCUCCGCGCUGGGAGAGAAAGGAAAGGAGGGUCCCAUCAAGAAACGCACCGGCUCCACCCGUCCCGGCCAGUCGGGGUGCAAUUUUUGCGGCUGCCUUGCCGGUGGGUGCUGCGUGCGGUGCAGCUACUUCUGCACGGACGUGCUCUGGAGCAAGUGGCGCAAUCGGUGGUUCUUCGUGAAGGAAACCUGCUUCGGCUACUACCGGCCGAAGGACGGCGUGCUGCGGUGUGUCGUACUAUUUGAUCAGGGCUUCGACAUAUCGUCCGGCAUGUACAGUACGGGCAUGCGCAACGGGCUGCAGAUAGCGACGAACUCGCGCUAUCUCGUCAUCAAGUAUCCGACGCGCCGAAUCGCGAAAGAGUGGAUGACGCACAUGAAGCGGGUAGCGAACGAGAGUGCACGCGAUUUUACGCUGCCGAAUCCGCACCAAUCGUUUGCUCCGUCGCGGCCGGGAGUGCAGGCGGGGUGGUUUGUGGACGGUGCCGGGUAUAUGAGUGCGGUGGCUGACGCGCUGGAGGGAGCGACGGAGGAAAUCUUUAUCACCGAUUGGAUGCUCAGUCCGGAGAUUUACAUGAAGCGGCCGGCGAUCGAUGGCGAUUACUGGCGGUUGGAUAAGAUUUUGAAGCGCAAGGCGGAGCAGGGCAUUAAGAUCUUCGUGUUGCUGUUCAAGGAGCUGGACUUUGCGUUGGGCAUUAACAGCUACUACAGCAAGGCGAAGCUGGUGGAGCAGCACGAAAAUAUUAAGGUCAUGCGCCAUCCCGAUCACGCUAGAGCUGGCAUUCUGUUCUGGGCCCAUCACGAGAAGCUGGUGAUCAUCGAUCAAACGUACGCCUUUGUCGGCGGUAUCGAUUUGUGCUACGGCCGCUGGGACGACUAUCAACAUCGGCUAACCGAUCUCGGCAGCAUCUCCUCGUCGACGAACAGUUCCGCCAACAAUACGACCACCCGCAAACCGUCGACAGUGGUCGAGCUGGACGAGAACGGAUCGGUGGCGAAUUUGCUCAAAUCAAGCAAAAACAUUGCCAUUGCCACGGCAGUCGAUCGGCAGGCACCGGCGUCCGUGGCUGUAAAGCGCGCCGAUACUACUCACCCUGCCGCCAAAGAGCCUGUGGCCGCGAAUGGGAAGCAAAAGAAUCCGGCCGAAAAGAAUCCGGAAGCCCCGGGAGCGAUGGGUGACCCACCGGAUAGGGUGCUGCAGGCAGCUGCCCUCGCACUAACUGAUCAGCUACCGCUGGAGGAAAGAGACGAACUGCCGGAAAACAUUAAGCAGAACACACCGGAAAUGGAACGGCGUAACAUUAUGGGCAUGAUUAAGGAUAUGGGACGCGAUUUGAAGAAUCGUAUCACGCUGUCGGAGCACCUGGACCAUCCGCAAGGUACCGAUGCGCUUGCAUCGGGCGGUGCAACGGGCGGAGGCAGUGGGGUCAAGAGUAAUGUCGGCAGUCCGAUCUAUCUGUCCGAGGAGGAACGCCGCAAGAAGCAGCUGUACGGUGGGGAGAAGGGAGCACCGCUGGGCGAUCUAGCCAGCCCGCAACCGUUCAAGAACGCGGCAAUCUUCGAGCUGGAUGGGCAGGCAAAGCUGUGGAUUGGGAAAGAUUACAUUAACUUCAUCGUGAAGGACUUUACCAAUCUCGAUUCACCGUAUGCGGAUUUGGUCGACCGGACGACGACGGUACGUAUGCCAUGGCAUGACGUUGCAACCGUCGUGCUGGGACAAGCGGCACGGGACGUUGCCCGCCACUUUAUCGAACGAUGGAACGCGGUCAAGCUGGAGAAGUGCCGUGAAAAUGCCAACUUUCCGUACCUGCUGCCAAAGAGCUACAAUGACAUCCGCAUAGAUAGUAAGUUUCUGAACGUUCCGCUGCACCACGUCACCUGCCAGGUGUUGCGCAGUGCGUCGAGCUGGAACUGUGGCUUCAUCGAGCCGGACUACGUGGAGCAGAGCAUCCACGAGGCAUACGUGCAGACGAUUUCCAAGGCGCAGCAUUACAUCUACAUCGAGAACCAGUUCUUCAUCAGCAUGGAGCUGGGCAACAGUGUGGUGAAGAACCAAAUAUCGGAGUACCUGUUCAAGCGCAUCGUGCGGGCCCACCGGGAGAAGAAGGUGUUCCGGGUGUACGUCGUGAUGCCGCUGCUGCCCGGGUUCGAGGGCGAUGUGGGCGGAUCGUCGGGAAUCUCGUUGCGAGCGAUUACCCACUGGAACUAUGCAUCGAUAUCGAGAGGAAAAUCAUCUCUUCUCGAGCGGUUACGAGCAGCCGGCAUCCAGAAACCGUGUGAUUACAUAUCAUUCCACAGUCUGCGGACCAACUCGACACUGAACGGGAUGCCCGUGACGGAGCUGAUCUACGUCCAUUCCAAGCUGCUGAUUGCGGAUGACAAGGUUGUGAUCUGUGGAUCGGCCAACAUCAACGAUCGUUCGCUGCUGGGCAAACGAGACUCGGAAGUUUGUGUUAUGAUAACGGAUGAAUCUUUCGAAGAGGGUCGCAUGAACGGUGAAUCGUAUCCGUGCGGCGUAUACGCCGGCAAGCUGCGCAAGUUCCUGUUCCGCGAGCAUCUCGGACUGCUGGAACCGGACCCGAAGCGGGCCCCAGUGGACGUGACGGAUCCGGUAAUUCACACCUUCUGGAAUGACGUCUGGCGAAGGACGUCGCGCCGCAACACGCUCAUCUACGACGAAGUGUUCCGCUGCAUCCCAUCCGAUAAUGUGCAGUCGUUCGCGAUGAUGAAACGGUUUCUCGAGGACAAGAGUCUGCUACAGUCCAAUCCGGAAGGGAUACAGCAGGCCGUCGAACGGAUCGAAGGCUAUCUGGUGGAUCUGCCGCUGAAGUUUCUCUGCAACGAGAUACUUACACCGCCCAACACGAGCAAGGAAGGUAUCAUGCCCACUUACAUGUGGACAUAACCUACCCGGGUGUGCGUGUGUGUGUGUGGGUGAGUGUAAUGAACUUCAUCGUUUCUUCGGUCCACCCAUUGUUCUAUUUAGUGUACCUUCUAUCUAUUCCUUCUAACCAUCACAACGUGCUGACUUCAUGGGGGACAGCCAACCUGAACGACUUUUUGUUUUAUAUGUUAAUUUUUUAUUUGCUAUUUAUGUGCUCUCGUAUUACGUAUUAACGAACUAUGUGAACAAACGGACUAUUUUUUUAAUUAUUCACGAAACAAACAACCUCAGCGUAGGGUAGAUUUUAUGUGUGCAGGACACGCUCAAGAGCGUAACAUUAGCAUGUAAGAAAAGCGGGUGUAUGCUGCUCUACAAACUACACAGUAUACACAUUAAAUUGUUCUUUCUGGUAGUAUCCGAAGCACACAUGGGGCUCAAACUGUUCAAGUGCAAUUAAAAGAAAGAGGUCUGAAGAGAAGAAAAAAAAGCAGAAAUUUAAGCGGAAUGAAAGACAGAUUGAAUCAUACAACAAAGAUUUAUACAGAAACAAGGUUCAAAACCGAAAAUAAAAAUAUUUAAAUUUUAA